CAUGGAUUCGAUAAAGCAAACAAUUCCAGAGCUUCGUCAGUCUGUGCAAUCAGCAGAAUCGGCUUACUCACCGAAACAAAAAGUAGUUGCGAACCAUAAGAAGACUGAUAAGAAACCGACAAAUGAAAUUCCAGCUGAAUUUCCCUUGAUUAUACAUGGAAAAGGAACUGACGAUAAGGGUUUAUUAGAAACUACACCAAGUAACAAUACUAAGAAAAGGGAUUUUGAUGAGAAUUAUCAACCAAUUCCGGAAUGUUUCUUAAACAAAGAUACAAAUUUUGACACUAGAAAUGAUUUGUACGCCUGUGGUAUUGGCUUAAAUCCUACUCUCAAAACAGGUUUAGAGAGAGAACGAACUUCUUCAUCAGUAAUACAUUUUACGUCAAAUCAAGCUCUCAGGGAAAAGACUCUUUCUCCGAAAUCUUGUUAUAUAUCGCCAACCGAGUCAACUUUUAAAAGUAAAACCUUAAUUUAUCCAGAUCCAAUGCAGUAUGCACCGUCUAGUUUUCAGCACCGAAUACUUGAAUUAAGCGCCUUCGAAUCGGAAACAAUUAAAUGGGAACGAUUGAGAAAGAAGAAAUCAAAAUAG